AUGUCAGAGGACAUCAAAAUCACAGUUGGAUUUACAGGUGGGCUAGAAAUGCUCUUUGACAAUGUGGCCCAGCACUCGGUGACACUAUCCACGACUGCGGAUGAUGGAAAACACCCAACAAUGGGCUAUCUGGUCAAAUACUUAUGCGAUCAUCUCAUGAAAGAUUCGCGGAAGGAAUUAUUCGUUCUGGAUGGUGCAAUUCGACCAGGCAUUUUUGUUCUAAUCAACGACUCCGACUGGGAACUGGAAGGCGAGGAUAAAUAUGAACUUGCCCACAAUGACGAAAUUAUGUUCGUAUCUACACUGCACGGUGGCUGA